AUGGUGGGCCCGGGCCGCCACCUCCAGAGACAAGGUGGUGGGCCGGGCCGCCACCUCCAGAGACAAGGUGGUGGGCCGGACGCCACCUCCAGAGACAAGGUGGUGGGCCGGGCCGCCACCUCCAGAGACAAGGUGGUGGGCCGGGCUGCCACCUCCAGAGACAAGGUGGUGGGCCGGGCCGCCACCUCCAGAGACAAGAUGGUGGGCCCGGGCCGCCACCUCCAGAGACAAGAUGGUGGGCCGGGCCGCCACCUCCAGAGACAAGGUGGUGGGCCGGGCCGCCACCUCCAGAGACAAGGUGGUGGGCCGGGCCGCCACCUCCAGAGACAAGAUGGUGGGCCCGGGCCGCCCACUUAUAGUAAUGCAGCUUUUAUCUCCUCAAAGCCCGCGCGGGCCGCCACCCGCUACAGGGAGCGACCCACAAAACCUUUUAAGCUAAUUCCUCAGCAGGAGAUCAUAUUGAAUAAGGAAGUAUGA